AUGACUGAAUACACAAUAAAAUGGGGCGACGAUGCAUUUGCGACGUUUGAACAAUACAAAAUCCGGGUGAUGGGGCAGGACAAUCGUGACACUGGACACAAGACCACCAAGCACUGGACAGUAGUCAAGGAUGCCAAAUACGGCAACGUGCUCCGCAACGAUAUCCACGGUGAAGACCGCGACGGCUGCGAAGAUCCCUCGGAUCCUACUGAUGUGCGUAACCGCAACGAAAUUACAUGGUGGACUGAUGAUGUCGAAACCAAAAUGAUGCGGGCGGCGUACGGCGAUACGCGCUCGUACAGAUGGAACCUCAAGGUGCCGAACGGCACACAGAGUUCUGAGCAGAAAUCGUUCUAUGUGUUGGGGCAGAUAAAAACUCGGGAGGGGGGCGACCGGUCCCCGGUGAUGUCGUUGGAGUUGCGCCACGAGGAGCUGAUUGUGUCGGCCGGUAUACGUCCCAAGCAGCCAUUUGACGAGGAUAUCGCGCUGGUCGCGCUGUCGCAGAUAUGGGACAAGUGGGUUGAAGUGACCAUUGUGAUUUACUUUCACGAAAACGACGGCUAUAUGAAAUUUCGCAUUGCGGACGCCGGCACUGGUGCUAAUCUCGGCGAAAAAGAACUCGGAAACAUUGACUCGUGGCAGAGUGGCGACCUUCCAGCCCGAAUAUGCCGGACGGACGACGAGCAUUUUCAGUCUGCAGGUGAUAAUGCUGACCCCCGACUUUUCAACGGCGGGUAA